UUAUUAGUGUUAUUCAUACUUCAAUACUUCAUAGAAUAUGGUAACUAUAUAAUCUAGUCUGAUCGAUGUUGAUGAUAGUUUAAAUUUUUCAUGAGAUGUUUCUCUUUUAAAUAUUUAUGUUAAUUUUUUCAUUAUAAUAUAUCAUAAUAAUGAAUCCUGGCAUUCCAAUUUUUCCAACUAUGAUCCCAAAUAUUGUAAAUCCAUUAUGGUUUAGCGUUGAUGAGCCUAAAAACGAAGAUACAGAACUUAUACGAAUUGAAAGUAUACAUCAAAACUGGUUACUUACAUUAACAAAUAAAAUCAACGACAAGGACUUUCCGGUACCAAUUGGCAAAACGGCAACUGAAGUGCAAGAUGAAGAAGAUGAAGAAGAUGAAGAGGAAGAAGUCAAUGCUUCAGAUGAUAGUGAAACCCAUGAUGAGGAAGAUGAUGAUGUCGAAAUGGAUGUUACCAAUACAUAUGAUCGAGAUUCACCCAUUUCUGUUUCUACUAGAUAAAAAUAAAUAAUAUUAGUUAUUUUUUGAAUAAUCUA